AUGCUUCAAACGCCCCAGCUACGGCCUGAAGCUGCACCCAAAUUGACCACCGCAGUGCCAGAUGCCUCCUGCUACCCCCCGACGGAUCUUCUUACGCUUCUCAAUUGGCUAACUCUUAACCAAUCAUUGAUGGCUCCGGCAUUAGCUCAACCCCUGCCUCCUACCACGGUGUUUCAAUUUCCCCUGCCGCCUCUCCUUCACACUACUUCCAGUGCAGUUACUCUGUCAACUCCCAGCAGCCAAAAACAGCAGCAGAGUCCGCAUUACUUUCCUGCCUUUAAUGCGCCUCCACCUACGUGA